CCCCAGGUGUCCAUACCACAAACUUAACUUGAAAAAGCAAAAAGAAAAAGUAAAGAAAGCCAAAAAGGAGGUAGGUUUCUACUGGUAACUCCUGCGGGUGGUGCAAUUGGAGAAGAAGCGCAAUCAGAGUCCAGUUGUAUGUGCCGCAACAAGUAGUACUAUUUCUGCUACCACUAGUAUUUAAGCUGACAGAACCAAGAAGAGGAGGCUCACGGGAGUCGCACCAAAAAGAUAAACAGAAAAAAAAAAAUAAAGGCAGCAGAAAAAGAGAAAAGGAGUGGCUAGGGGCUUUAGUGGUGUGGUGUUAAUCAAAAGUAGGACGGAGGAUGAUGGAGGAAAUCUGCGAUAAUGUGAUGAAGAAGAAAAGUGGGAGUCAGGAGGUAAUGGACGGUUCAGAUAUAAUGGAGUUGGUUGGAAAUGAGCAGGUUUUUAGUAACUUUGUGGAUCAUAAGUUUCAAGAACUGGACAAGGAUUGUGACGGUAAACUUUCUGUCAAAGAGUUGCAACCGGCUGUGGCUGACAUAGGUGCUGCCCUUGGAUUACCCGCUCGGGGAUCUUCUCCUGACUCUGAUCACAUUUAUUCCGAGGUUCUUAAUGAGUUCACCCACGGAAAACAAGAGAAAGUAAGCAAGAAAGAUUUUAAAGAGGUUCUUUCGGACAUUUUACUAGGGAUGGCAGCUGGCUUAAAACGAGAUCCUAUUGUAAUUCUUCGUAUCGAUGGUGAAGACCUCCUUGAGUUUCUUAAGAGCCCCAGUUUUGAGUCAGAGGUCCUUUCCAUUUUCUCUGAGAUAGAACUACCUAAUGCAUCUGUCCAAGAUUACAUCAUUAAGGCUCUUGAGAAACUUACAGUUGAACAAGGAGUGCCACCUGCUUCAGAUUCCUGGGUUAGAAGCAACAUCAUAGAACCAGCGCUGCAAUCUUAUGGUGGUGUCCCUGAUCACCCUGUUUCACAAGACACAUUUCUUGGUGAGCUCAAGAAUGUUGCAGGGACUGUUGCAAAACUUCUGAAAGACCAGCCUGUGAUUGUUGCGCAUACUGAGAAUACAUUUGAUGGAAGUGGUAUAAGAAGAUUGCUAUCCAACAAAUUUGAGCUGGAUAAGGCUCUGGAUACUUCUUUACAAAGUAUUCCAAGAGAUCGCAGUGGAAAAUUGUCAAAACAAUAUCUGCGUGUUGCUCUUGAUAUUCUGGCCCCAUCAUCUGGCUUACCUCCAGUGGGUGGUGUUGAAAAGAUCGACAAUAUCAUAAAUGAAGCUUUCAAGAUGUUAGAUGCGGAUGACGGGAAGUUGGUUAAAGAAGAUGAGUUUAAGAAGCUUCUGACCGAAAUACUUGGGAGUAUCAUGCUGCAACUGGAGGGCAAUCCAAUAUCUGUUUCCACAAACUCUGUCGUGCAUGAGCCACUUGCCUCCUCCUCCACGCUUUUGGAUGCUCCUCCUUCGUAAUGCUGUUGACAAAUAUGACCUGCUGAAUUAUGAAGAAAGCAGGAAUAAUAGGUCUUGUAAAUUUUGACGACUAUAAAACAAUACUGGCAAGAAAGUUACACUGAUAUCCAGUUCUCUUGGUGGUGCUGUUGGAGUGCUUAUACACUCGAACACAGAUGACUUUUAUGCUGCGUACGUGAUUUCGUUCUGGAUACAGAAUAUGGAUGAGGUGCAAAUUUACACUGCUGAAACAAAGUGGUACUUCCGUGUUUCCAGGCCUGCUACGAUAUGACAAUCUUCCUCUCACAGAUUUGACGUUCUAGUCCGACCCUAUGACCAGAAUUGAAAGUAUUUGAUUGUGAUGAGAAGAAAUAUUGCGAUACUGAUUGAGCGUUUUCUAUUCGGAUCAUAAGAGCGUUGGGUAUUUGUUUAUAUACAAAGUGAAUUCGGUCAAUUUUUAAAAACUCGCGAUUACUCGA